GUGCGCCCGGCGGCGGCAGCCACCCCGAGCAGGGCUGAGUGUGUUUAUUUGCAUACGCGGGCGCGAUGUCCAGUUUGGGCGGGCUCGGUGUAUUUUGACUGCUCCGCGGUCCUCAGGCAAAGAGGAGGAAAUAGCAAGUGGACGCGGAUGCAUUAUUCUUGGGCGGAAGGGGUGAGGGCCCGGGAAGUGGGGAAAUCAGGGCCCUCAGUGGCGCCUGGGCGCCGGGGUUCAGCGGCUGCCUGAGGGAAGGAGCAACCGCCCGAGUGACCCUCCUCCCUUUGUGUCUGGGGUGGCGUCCACUGGCAGGGCGGCCCCCAGGCCAGGCCUCACUUCGACGACCCCGGGGCUGUGUUGUCCGCCCGCCGAGGUGACGCCUACCUCUCCGCUGGUAACGGAGGUCCCCGGAGGUCUUCAGGAGCCGCAGGCUGCGGAAGCCCAGCUCAGGUUGACAGCUCAGAGAGAAAAAAUUGAGAGAGGAUGGAUGCAAAAGCUCGAAAUUGUUUGCUUCAACAUAGAAAAGCCCUGGAAAAGGACAUCAAAACAUCCUACAUAAUGGAUCAUAUGAUUAGUGAUGGAUUUCUAACAGUAUCAGAGGAGGAAAAAGUAAAAAAUGAGCCCACUCAACAGCAACGAGCAGCUAUGCUAAUUAAAAUGAUACUUAAGAAAGAUAAUUAUUCCUACAUAUCAUUCUACAAUGCUCUACUACAUGAAGGGUAUAAAGAUCUUGCUGCCCUUCUCCAUGAUGGCAUUCCUGUGGUCUCUUUUUCCAAUGGCAAAGAUUCAUUUGGUAGAAUAACCUCAUAUGUAAGGACAGUCCUAUGUGAAGGAGGAGUACCACAGAGGCCCGUGGUUUUUGUUACUAGGAAGAAGCUGGUGAGUGCAAUUCAGCAGAAACUCUCCAGACUGAAUGGCGAACCAGGAUGGGUUACCGUGUAUGGAAUGGCAGGAUGUGGGAAGUCUGUAUUAGCUGCAGAAACCGUUCGAGAUCAGGACUUCUUAGAACGUUGUUUCCCAGGGGGUGUGCAUUGGGUUUCUGUUGGGAAGCAAGACAAAGCUGGGCUUCUGAUGAAACUGCAGAAUCUUUGUACACGGUUGGAUGAGGAUGAGAGUUUCUCCCAGAGGCUUCCACUUAACAUUGAAGAGGCUAAGGACCGUCUCCGCCUUCUGAUGCUGCGCAAACACCCAAGGUCUCUGUUGAUCUUGGAUGAUGUUUGGGAUCCUUGGGUGUUAAAAGCUUUUGACAAUCAAUGUCAGAUUCUUCUUACAACCAGAGACAAGAGUGUUACAGACUCAGUAAUGGGUCCUAAAUAUGUAGUCCCUGUGGAGAGUUGCUUAGGAAAAGAAAAAGGACUUGAAAUUUUAUCCCUUUUUGUUAAUAUGAAGAAAGCAGAUUUGCCAGAACAAGCUCAUAGUAUUAUAAAAGAGUGUAAAGGUUCUCCUCUCGUGGUGUCUUUAAUCGGUGCACUUUUACGUGAUUUUCCCAACCGCUGGGAGUACUACCUCAGGCAACUUCAGAAUAAGCAAUUUAAGAGGAUAAGAAAAUCUUCAUCUUAUGAUUAUGAGGCUCUGGAUGAAGCCAUGUCUAUCAGUGUUGAAAUGCUCAGAGAAGACAUCAAAGAUUAUUACACAGAUCUUUCUAUCUUUCAGAAGGAUGUUAAGGUGCCUACAAAGGUGUUAUGCAUUCUCUGGGACAUGGAAACUGAAGAAGUUGAAGACAUACUGCAGGAGUUUGUUAAUAAGUCCCUCUUAUUUUGUGAUCGGAAUGGAAAUUCAUUUCGCUAUCAUUUACAUGAUCUUCAAGUAGAUUUUCUUACAGAGAAGAAUCGCAGCCAGCUUCAGGAUCUACAUAAGAAGAUAAUCACUCAGUUCCAGAGACAUCACCAGCCACACACUCUCUCAUCGGAUCAGGAGGACUGCAUGUACUGGUACAGUUUUUUGGCCUAUCACAUGGCCAGUGCCAAUAUGCACAAAGAACUUUGUGCUUUAAUGUUUUCCCUGGAUUGGAUUAAAGCUAAAACGGAACUCGUAGGUCCUGCUCAUCUGAUUCAUGAAUUUGUGGAAUACAGGCAUAUACUGGAUGAAAAGGACUGUGCAGUCUGUGCGAAUUUCCAGGAGUUUUUAUCUUUAAAUGGACAUCUUCUUGGACGACAACCAUUUCCUAAUAUUGUACAAUUGGGUCUCUGUGAACCGGAAACUUCAGAAGUUUAUCGCCAAGCUAAGCUGCAGGCCAAGCAGGAGGUCGAUAACGGAAUGCUUUACCUGGAGUGGAUAAACAAAAAAAACAUCAAGCAUCUCUCCCGCUUAGUUGUCCGCCCCCAUACAGAUGCUGUUUACCAUGCUUGCUUUUCUGCAAAUGGUCAAAGAAUAGCUUCUUGUGGAGCUGAUAAAACCUUACAGGUGUUCAAAGCUGACACAGGAGAGAAACUUCUAGAAAUCAAGGCUCAUGAGGAUGAAGUGCUUUGCUGUGCAUUUUCUACAGAUGACAAAUUUAUAGCAACUUGCUCAGUGGAUAAGAAAGUGAAGAUUUGGAAUUCUAUGACUGGGGAACUAGUACAUACCUAUGAUGAGCACUCAGAGCAAAUCAAUUGCUGUCACUUCACCAAAGACAGCCAUCACCUUCUCUUAGCCACUGGGUCAAGUGACUGCCUCCUCAAACUCUGGGAUUUGAAUCAAAAAGCAUGUCGAAAUACCCUGUUUGGCCAUACCAAUUCAGUCAAUCACUGCAGAUUUUCACCGGACGAUAAGCUUUUGGCUAGUUGUUCAGCUGAUGGAACAUUAAAGUUUUGGGAUGUGAAAUCAGCCAAUGAGAAGAAGAGCAUUAAGAUGAAGCAGUUCUUCCUAAAUUCAGAGGAGCCUCAAGAGGAUUUGGAAGUGAUAGUGAAAUGCUGUUCAUGGUCUUCUGAUGGAUCUAGGAUAAUGGUGGCAGCAAAAAAUAAAGUCUUUCUUUUUGACAUUCAUACCAGUGGUCUAUUGGCAGAAAUCCAUACAGGCCAUCACAGCACCAUCCAGUACUGUGACUUCUCCCCCUGUGACCUUUUGGCAGUGGUGGCUUUGUCCCAUUACUGUGUGGAGUUGUGGAAUAUGGACUCUUGUCUAAAAGUAGCUGACUGCAGAGGACAUUUAAGUUGGGUUCAUUGUGUGAUGUUUUCUCCUGAUGGAUCAUCAUUUUUGACAUCUUCUGAUGACCAGACAAUCAGGCUCUGGGAGACAAAGAAAGUAUGUGAGAACUCUGCUAUAGUACUAAAGCAAGAAAUAGAUGUUGCAUUUCAAGAAAAUGAAGUGAUGGUUCUUGCAGCUGACAAUACAAGACGUCUGCAAAUCAUUAAUGGAAGAACAGGUCAGAUCGAUUAUCUGACUGAAGCGCAAGCUAGCUGCUGUUGCUUCAACCCACGUCUGCAGCUCGUUGCAUUUGGAGGCAACGAAGGAGCCGUUCAGAUUUUAGAACUCCUAAACAACAGAAUCUUCCAGUCCAGGACUGGGCACAAGAACACUGUACGGCACAUCCAGUUCACAGCUGAUGGGAAGACUCUUAUUUCAAGCUCUGAUGAUUCUACAAUUCAGGUGUGGAAUUGGCAAUCAGAGGAAUAUGUCUUUCUGCAAGCCCAUCAGGAAACAGUGAAAGACUUUAGGCUCUUGAAAAGUUCAAGACUGCUUUCUUGGUCAUUUGAUGGAACGGCGAAGGUAUGGAAUAUUGUUACUGGAAGACUAGAAAAAGACUUUGUCUGUCACCAGCAUACGGUACUUUCUUGUGAUAUUUCUUCUGAUGCUACCAAGUUUUCAUCUACCUCUGCUGACAAGACUGCAAAGAUUUGGAGUUUUGAAUGCCUUUCACCUCUGCAUGAACUGAGGGGCCACAAAGGCUGUGUGCGCUGCUCGGUCUUCUCUGUGGACAGCACCCUGCUGGCGACUGGCGAUGACAAUGGAGAAAUCCGGAUAUGGAACGUCUCAAACGGCGAGCUUCUUCACUUGUGUGCUCCGGUUCCGGUAGAAGAAGGAGCUGCCACUCACGGAGGCUGGGUGACCGACCUCUGCUUUUCUCCAGAUAGCAAAAUGCUUGUCUCUGCUGGAGGCUAUCUUAAGUGGUGGAAUGUUGUCACUGGGGAAUCCUCACAGACCUUCUACACAAAUGGAACCAAUCUUAAGAAAAUACAUGUGUCUCCUGACUUCAAAACAUAUGUGACUGUAGAUAAUCUUGGUAUUUUAUAUAUUUUACGGAUAUUAGAGUAAAAUACCUAAGCAUUUAUGUAAGUUGAACACUUUUAAAUUUUGAAUUGGAAAAAAUUAUAAUGAACCCUGUAUUUCAAGUUUUUAUAAAGCUGUGAAUUGUUUUGCAGUAUCGCAUUCAUUACAGAACUGUUUGUGGUUGGAUGAAUAAUACUAAUUGUAGCUUUUUCCCAGAUGAACACACCUUUAAUCUUGUUUUUCAUAAUCAUCAUCAUUAUUGUUAACAGUUUGUACUUAAGAUGCAAAUGAAAAAGUAAAUACAUACCUUGUUGUACUGUUGGUAAAAUUAUCUCAUGAUACAUUCAAAUUGGUUGCCAUAAUUAAUGAGAACAGUUUGAAGGAAAUGUGUAUUUAAUACUGUCAUUAUGCAGUUCGUGCCUCAGAGUAGCAGUGGUCUGCUUUGUGAGCCACACCCCAAGAGGGUGUAGUUCUCCCAAAUACAGUCUUGGAGCUUAUUUGCACCCCUUAAAUUUGCUAUAAAAAUAUUGUGAGUGUGUGCGCAGUUUGCAUCAUUUUCUUUAAUUCACUAGAUAAGUGAGUCUUAGAAUUUAAGUUUUUUCUAUGAAGCAAAAAUUAUGUGUGCUGGAGACAGCAGAUUUUAUUUGUCUCCCUUUUUUUCACUAGCUGAUGGCAGUCCAGUGCUGUAACUAGACUCUAGUUGUCAGCCUCUGAGUUGGGCACUAUCCUGCUUGUUCUGGUUUUUUAUACACUAGACCUCUUACUUGACUGAACUUGACCUUUCUUUCUUUUUUUUAAAGAAAUUUUAUUGGGGAAUGGUGUGUUUUUCCAGGACUCAACAGCUCCAAGUCAAG